CACACACCCUGACCCCUGGAUGCACCAUGAGGAAAGGGCUGCCAUGCUGACCACAGGGAAGCUGGGUGCCAACCAGAAGGAAAUCCUGCACUCCUGUCCAGAGGAUGUCUUGAACAUGGGGGAGCAGAUCUGUGAGAUUUGGGAAGGGGGGAGAGAGGAAACCCCAGAAGGGUGUUCUCAGCUCUGGGGCACCGCUGGGUCCUGCCCACCACCCUGGGGUCCUCUCCCACCCUCUUAUCAGCCUGGAGCUGCCUGAGCCCACUCAGCUUCCUCCAUUUUCUCACGAGCCUCAGGAACAGAGCUGAAAGAAGCCCUAAAGGAAACAGCCAGGAGAAAAAGCAGAAGUUGGAGGCCUGGGGACUGGCCCAGCCCAGAGGGGCCCCUGGUCCACCAUUGUCUUGGCGUGGCAGCCGGUGGCUUCAGGGGGAAAAAUGAGCCCUUGGGCCCUGGCUGUGUGGCUGCCUUUGAAUCUGCUGCUUCUCUGGCUCCCAGGCUGCUGUCUUCUGAGAGGCCCCAGCAGAGUGACAGGCACCCAGGGUGGAUCCCUGAGCCUGCAGUGCUGGUAUGAGGAGAAAUACAAGACAUAUAACAAAUACUGGUGCAGAAGCUCAAGUGUGCUAGGACGAUGUGAGAAUACUGUGAAGACCAAAGACUCAGAGAGAGAAGUGAGCAGAGGCAGAAUGUCCAUCAGUGACCAUCCUGAGAACCUCACCUUCACUGUGACCUUCAAGAACCUCUCUCUGGAGGACUCAGGCUCUUACUGGUGUGGGAUUCACAUACCCUGGCAUGAAGGACCGGAUGACUCCUUCCUGGUUUCGGUGUCUGUGCUCCCAUAUGAGCCCCCCUCCUACCAGCCCGGGGGCUGCCACAGAAACUCAGUAACAACACCAGUAGCCAAGACCUCAACAACCACAACCAGAGCUCCUACUGUGCCACCCACCAGCCCAGCCGAAAACCGUCCUACCCAAGGAUCAAGCAGCCAGGGGAAUAACCACAAGGGCCAGGGCCCAUGGCUCCUCACACUGCUCUCCUUGCUGAUGCUCCUGCUGCUUCUGUUUGUGGCCACUGCGCUGCUGGUCUGCAGGAUGCUUCAGAGACGGGUCAAAGCUCGUGAACCUCCAGAUCUGUCACAGAACCUCAGGCAGGCUGCUGAGCCGAGCGAGCCCCAGUACGCCAAUCUACAGCUGCACACAUGGGCCCUGCGGGAAGGGCCAGCGCCACCCAGGCCGGCGGAGGUAGAAUACAGCACCGUGGCUUGCCCCACCACAGAAGAUCUUCACUAUAGCUCAGUGGUGUUUAACGCUGAGAAGCAGGACUCAAACACCAAGAGACCCCAGGAGGAAGCAGAGUACAGCAUGAUACAGGAGCCGGGGAAAACCCCUAGGCGUCCCCCACCACCCUCUUAGCCCUCUCCCCUCCCGGGCUCCUGGGCUCCCCAUAGGCUGCUUCUCCUGGGCGUCACUGAGGCUUCACAGGGACAGCAGGAAGCUCCUUCCUUCCUUCCUUCCUUCCUUCCUUCCUUCCUUCCUUCCUUCCUUCCUUCCUUUCUUUCUUUCUUU